CCCUCCUCGAAUACGGAUUAUAGGACAGAACCUCCUGGGCUUAUUUUUGAUAAGUUCUAGUUCUAGGUAAAGUAUAACAAGAUAUAUACACUCCGAUCGUCUUCUCCGAUAUCUUUUCUCUCCACCCAUUUCUUUCAAUAUCACAGUGUUUCAGCUGCUCUAGCCAACCAAGGGCUGAUAAUUUGAUGGAGGGCGUUGGAGGUGAACUGAAUCAGCGGAGGCAUGAAUUUUCUAAGAUUUACCAGUUUUAUUUAGAUAAGAGUACACCUCAUGCUACGUAUAGAUGGAUUGGAACAUCUGUAUUAGCAUCUCUCUACGUUUUGAGGGUCUAUUAUGUCCAAGGGUUCUACAUUGUGAGCUACGGUUUGGGAAUCUACCUUCUCAAUUUGCUGAUUGGUUUUCUUUCACCUCUUGUUGACCCGGAGCUUGACCCUUCAGAUGGUCCUAUGCUCCCUACUAAAGGUUCAGAUGAAUUCAAACCAUUCAUUCGCCGACUCCCAGAAUUCAAGUUCUGGUAUGCUAUCACAAAGGCUUUCUGUGUGGCAUUUGUCAUGACUUUCUUCUCCAUGUUUGAUGUUCCUGUGUUUUGGCCAAUAUUGUUGAUCUACUGGAUUGUUCUCUUUACCCUCACUAUGAAGCGCCAAAUUACACACAUGCUCAAGUAUAGAUACAUCCCAUUUAACAUCGGAAAGCAGAAGUACGGCGGAAAGAAAGGAGCAGGUAGAAGCAGUCCUAGAGGGGACUAAAAUUGUGCAUUUUUUCUUUAGAUUAGAUGGGAAAGAAGAGAUGCUGGAAUUAUGUACGUUUGUGGUAUGUUUGAACAUGGUAUUACAAAAGUGUAGUUGAAUUGAUGCAUUAUUUAUUUACACAGGAGUUAGUGUAUACUUUAGUUAAGCAAGUCAAGCAUAUGAUAUCUAUACUUGAAAUUUCAUGCAUUUCUACUUUAGUUUCCAAUUCCCCUUGCCUUUACAGUGUGGUUUGUGUUCAUUUUGGUUCUUGUUUUCGUCACAGUUGAGCAAUCCAUUGAGCUGCCUUAGCGUUUGGGGAACUUCUUAAGAAUGUUCCAUGUAACAAAACAAUAUGGACCGUUGUCUUACCCAUUUUGUUUUUAGAUUACUACUUUCUUCCACUGUCGUUGUUUAAGGCUGUCUUAAGUCUAUUAAGAAGCUCACUUAUAAGCCUAUAAAAGUAUAAGGUAUAAGAUGAUCAUUUUCCCC